ACAAAAAAAGAAAGUCGUGAACGUAAAAAGAAAAAGAAGAGUCAAUCAAAAAAAAUAAAUGAUGAAUUAAUUAAUCAAAUUGUUAAUGAUAAUGAAACAAGUGAAGACAAAGAAGUUGCAAGUGUUUCUGAAAAAAUUGCUAAAAAAAAGUAUGCAACAACAACAACAACAACUGGUAAAAUGAUUGGUUUACGUCGACUUCAUAAACGUACAAGAAAUUCAUUAAGUAUGAUUGAUAUAACACCAGAAAGUAGUCCAAUAACAGUAACUUUAUCACCACAUAGAAGUACAAAAACACCAAGAAAAUCACCAAUUAAUAUUGGAUCACCAAAAACACAUUCUUUGUUACCAGAACGUUUAUCAAAAACACCACGUAAAUUACCAGUAACAUUAUCAUCACCAGUAGCAUCUGAUGAAUCAUUAUUAAAUAAAUCAAAUGAUAAAUUAUUAUCAUUAAAUACAACAACAAAAUUACGAAAAAAAUUGAGUCCAAAAUCUAAAACACCUAAAAUUGUAUUACGUAAAUCAAAAUCUACAAAAGUUAAAAAAAUUACACCUAAAAAAAAUGUAACACCAAAAAAAUUGGUUAUUAAUAAUAAAAAUAUAACAAGUGAUGCAAUUUAUGAUGGUAUUAAUGAUAUAAAAACACCACAAGUUUUAUUACGUAGAGUAUCAGCAUCAUUAUUAUCAUCAAAAACAAAAUCAAAGCCAAUUACUGCUGUAAGUCCAAUAAAAAAAUCAUCACCAAGAAAAAGUUCUGGAUCAAUUCCAUUUAAUACAACUAAUCCUACUGUAGAAAUAACAGAUGAUGAAGUUGUUGAAACACCACCAAAGUCAAUUGCAAAAAAGAGAUUUAAUAAAAGCUCUAAAACAUCACCAAUUGUUAUUAAAAAACCAUCACCAAGAAAAAGUUCUGGACCUAUUCCAGUAGGUAAAGCUAAGUCUAUUGAAGAUGUAUCAUCAAAUGAUGAAGAUGUUGAAACACUACCAGAACCAAUUGUGACAAGACUAAGUAGAAGUGCUAAAAAUUCACCAAUUGCAGUAGAAAAACCAACACCAAGAAAAAGUUCUGGACCAAUUCCAUUUAAUAUAACUAAUCCUACUGUAGAAAUAACAGAUGAUGAAGUUGAAGAUACAAUAUCAACAUUAAGUGUAACAACAAGAUCAACUAGAAGCUCUAAAAAUUCACCAGCUGCAGUAGAAAAACCAACACCAAGAAAAAAUUCCGGACCAAUUCCAUUUAAUAUAACUAAUCCUUCUUUAGAAAUAACAGAUGAUGAAGUUGUUGAAACACCACCAAAGCCAAGUGUCACAAGAUUUAAUAAAAGCUCUAAACCAUCACCAAGAAAAAGUUCUGGACCAAUUCCAAUAGGUAAAGCUAAGUCUAUUGAAGAUGAAUCAACAAAUGAUGAAGAUGUUGAAACACUACCAGAGCCAAUUGUUACAAGAACAAGUAGAAGCUCUAAAAACUCUCCAAUUGCAGUAGAAAAACCAGCACCAAGAAAAAGCUCUGGACCAAUUCCAUUUAAUACAACUAACCCUACUGUAGAAAUAACAGAUGAUGAAGUUGAAGAUACAGUAUCAACAUUAAGUGUAACAACAAGAUUAAGCAGAAGCUCUAAAAAUUCACCAAUUGUAGUAGAAAAAUUGACACCAAAAAAAAUAUCUGGAACAAUUUCAUUUAAUAAAACUGAUGAUGAAGUUAUUGCAACAACACCACUAAAACAAAUAACUACAAGAAGUUCAAAAAAUUCACCAAAUCCAAUUCAGAAAAUUGAGUCUAAUGAAGAAAUAUCGAAUGAUACAGUCGGAAAAACACCAUUAAAGGCAGUUAUCACAUCAAGAUUUCAUCGUAAUUCAAAAUUGGCACUAUUAACAAAUGAUGAUAAUAAAUUAACAUCAUCAACACCUCGUGAAAGAAAUGGUAAAUCACAAAAUUUACAUUCAACAUCAAUUUUAAGUGUUGAUACAUUUUAUGGUACAUCAUCACCAAGAACAUUAACUAGAUCAAAUGCCAAUAAAAGUAUUGAAAUUGAAAAUGAAUCAUUUCCAUUAAUAUCUGAUGAUGAUGAUGAUAAUAAUAAUACAUUUGAAAUAAGUGGAAUAAAUUCAAUGAAAGAUAAUGUUUUAUCAUCAAGUAUAAAUAAUAAAUCAAUUGAUAAAGAUAAUAAAGAUGAUACAUAUGAGCUUAUUCCAAAAGUAAAAGAUUCAGAAAGCAAUGAUACAUAUGAAUUGGAAGAACCUAAAACACCAAGUCUUAAAAAACGUGCAACUAAAAGAAGUAUUGAUAAUAAUAAUCAUGAUGAUGAUAAUGAUGUAAUAUCAAAAAAAAGAAUAUGUAAAGUUAGAUUUGAAAGUCCAUCAAUAAAUAAAUUAAAUAAUAGUACAAUUAAUAAAGUAAUUGUUAAUAAAAAUACAAGAAAAGCAACACCAUCAUGCAAAAAUAAUAAAAAUAAUGAAAAUAAAAAUGAUGAUAAAAUAAAUAGAAGAUCAACAUCAAUGAUUAAUUUAAGUAUUAAUAAUAAAACACCAAAUUCAAUUAUUAAAAAACGUUCAAAUUCUGUUGUAAAUGAUAAUCGUGGUAAAUUAAGUGCAGUUAAAGCACAAAAUGAAUCAUCAAAUCGUUUAAGUAAACCAAGACAAUCGUUAACUUGUGAAAAAAAAAAACCUGAUAAUAUUAAUAAUAAUAAUAAAAUAACAUCAUCAGCAAAAAAAAUACCAAAUUUUGCACAAAUACAUCAAAAAAAAUUUGCACAAAUGGAAUCACUUGUUGAUGCUAAAAAAAGAAUUGAAGUACGUCAUAAUGCAUUAAUUAAUAAUAAUACUAAUAAUAAUAAUGUUAAUAUAUCUAAAAAUGGACAAACUGUUGGAAUUGUUAAACCAGUUAGAAAAAUUAUUACAAAUGAUCCAUCAACUAUUGUUAAUAAUAAUAAUAAUGGAGCAUAUAAUAAAUUUGGUUUUAAAUUACGAAAAACAGAUGCUACACAAGCUAUUACAAAAGAAGUGACUUCAACAAAAAUACAAGCCAAGAAAGAAGAUAAACGACAAAUUUUAAAAGGUGUUAGAUCAAACAGACGAUUUGAGCUUAUGAUGAAAUCACGUAAUAUUAAAUAAUAAACUAAUCAUUAUAAUUAAUAAUAAUAAUAUUUUUAUAAAAAUUAUAAUUAUAUUGUUUUUGUAUA